CGAACCGUCACAUAUACCGCGCUGCCCAAGGAGAAAAGGCUCCCUUUCUUUGGUACACACAACACCAACAAAAAACAGCCCCUACGCAUGGAUUCGUGGGAACCCGAGACGAACGCGUACGUGAGCACCAUGGUAGACGCAGCGGCCCGCAUACACCAACCGCGGGGGUUCCCACUCGUCCCACGCGCUUUCCUCCUUUCACUGCUCGUGUGUUCAACGGCACGAUUCCAUCCACUGGUUUCAGGAUUCGUGCCGUCCCAUGCCACAACCCGGCGUACAUUGCUCCCGUCCGCAUCCAGACCCGUGGUGCAACUGCGAGAAAAACCACGAGACGUGGACAAGUGGGACCGCCAAAUUGCGGAAAACAGUGCCCGUAAAGCCCAAGAAAGCCGAGGCAGCAACGUGGGGGGAACCGCGGCGGGUGCGAUUCUGGGCGGACUCUUGCUCGGGCCCUUUGUGGAAGCGAGCUACGUCCGCUCGGGGACGCCGCGUGUUGGUAGAAACGAACGGAACGGAUGCCGACUCGUACCAAGCUCUCAUCACACCACCCCGGUAUGCAUACACAGGUACCUUGUUUGGCGCUUCGGUCGGUUCCAGCUGGGGUGCCCGCCAGGCCCUGGACCGGGCGCGCCAAGAAGAAAUGGAGCGACUGGGCGUCACUCCGGAAAUGCUAGAGGCGGCCCGCGAAAUCGGACUCACGUUGGAACAAUCCAUGGACGGAUUGCGGGCGACACAGGAGAGUUUGGGUACUUUGCAGCGAAUUGCUCGCCGACUGGAUGCGGAAAACACGGAACUGUACGCCAAGGCGACACAAGCCGUCACGGACGGAGACGACACAAUGGCACGCAAAUAUUUGUUGGAGCGUACGGCGAUUGAGGAAAAAUUGAAAAAGACGUUGACGGAAUGUGCGGACGAAAAAAAGCGAUUCUCACGAAUGGAACGGAACGUGGAAGCACUCGAGGAGCGGGCACGAGAAAUUGAGCGAUUGCUUUCGAGAUCGGUGGGGGCCAAGGCCAUGCAAAAUUCGAGCGAACUCGGACUAGCUUUGUCCAGCGAAGACCCGCUCUUGAAAAAAUUUCGGGAUGCUGGCCUCGAGUGA